UUAUUAUAAUAUUAUGAUAUUAUCGAUUUCAUUUUUUGAUAAUUGAGAAUUUUUGUAUAAUUUACUUAAACUUCAGAGGAUAUUUGUAUAAUUUACCAAAAAAAUCUAUGCUCGGUCGGAACUCAUUUAAAUUCUUUCUUUCUAUUUUUCGGCUUUCAAGUUAAAAUCCAUUCCACUCGGUCACAGCGAAGGUGUUCAAACUUCAAAGCAAAAGCAGAAUAAGAAAACAAGUAAAAUAAAAUAAAGGUAGUGUUAACUGUUAUCAAUUUCUCACACACACAGUCUGUGUGAGACUCAAGCCUGAGAGCGAUGUUGACACGCCGCUUCAAUUCAAUGACAAUGGCAGUAUCUUCUCUCUCUUCGUCUCUUCAAUGGCGUCCAAAGUUCAUAUGCACGCCAACAACCCUCACUUCUUUACCCUCUCUCUCUUCGCUUCUUUACCCUUCAACUCUCACCCUCCGAUUCUCUUCUACCUCUCACAACUCCACACAAUCUAUCGACUUAUAUCCCUCUCAAGAACCCUCCAAACAUACUGUUAUAAAACCUGGCUUAUAUCUAGUAGGAACACCAAUUGGGAAUCUUGAAGAUAUCACGUUACGAGCUUUGCGUGUUUUAAGAUCAGCUGAUGUGAUACUUGCAGAAGAUACAAGGCAUUCAGGGAAGUUACUUCAGUACUACAGUAUUAAAACUCCUCUUCUGAGUUAUCACAAAUUCAAUGAGUCUCAAAGAGAGCAUGCAGUGUUGAGCAGAUUGCGAGAAGGUGAAAUUGUUGCACUGAUCAGCGAUGCAGGGACACCGGGCAUCAGCGAUCCUGGUACAGAAUUGGCAAAGUUGUGUGUGAAUGAGAAUAUUCCUGUUAUUCCUGUCCCUGGUCCGUCUGCUUUUGCAGCUGCACUUUCUGCCUCUGGAUUGCCCACUGAUGAGUUCACAUUCGUCGGGUUUCUUUCUACACAUGCAGGAUCAAGGAAAGAGAGGCUGACUAUUUCUGCGAACGAAACAUCAACACAAAUAUUCUUUGUUCCUCCUCAUAAGCUUCAUAAAUUUAUUGAAGAGGCUUCUUCGCUAUUUGGCCACUCCAGACGGUGUGUCAUAGCUCGGGAGAUGACAAAACUACAUGAAGAGUUUUGGCGGGGGACACUGGAAGAAGCAAACGAAGCAUUUUCAACUCAACAACCAAAGGGAGAAAUUACAUUACUGAUUGAAGGAAACACAAAUUGUGUGGUUGAAACUCCUUCCGAGUCCCAGCUUGAGAAUGAACUAAGAGAGCUUAUCUCCAACGGGCAUAGUCUUUCUAUGGCAGUCAAGUUGGUGGCCGAAGGAACAUCCAUGAGAAGGAAAACAAUAUAUUCACUUGCACUUAGGAAAUUCGGGAAGCAAGUUGAGACACAGGAAGAUUCAAAUUGAUGCACGUCAUAUUGUAAAUGAUUCUGUAUACUCACUGGUUUUAUGAUGUUUCGUUAGAAUUGGCGAUUUUAUAGUUCAUAUCUUUACAUGUUCUGCUCUGACCCUUGACCUGUUUGUGGGUUGCUGAACAGGGUCAAUGGAAUAGCAUGGUUUGAGGAAAAUUCUUGCUGCUUCAUUUGUUACAGGUUAUCCGGUGGAUGAAGAGAUUUCAAACUUUUUAUAACAAUGCCAUUCUAAUCCAGAGCGGUCACAGCAGCCUCGUCUUCCCCACUACAUUUGUUUUAGAAUAUAUUGUUAUUGUUUUAAUUUCACUGUUUUCAGAUUAAUAAACAAAAUAACGCAUUAGACUUCUAUUAUAUCAUUUUCUAAUUACUUUA